AUGGGAAUGUCUUUUCGUUUGGCCGCCGUGAAAGUAUUGACGAAGAAGAUGAAAAGGUCGAAGGUGGAAGGAAGAGCCAAAAGGAAGAGAAGAUCCCUCUUAAAGCCCGUUCCAAGACCAGCCGUCGCCGCCGCCGCCGCCACCGCCACCGCCGUUCCGGGGUUCCCUGAGGAUGUGUUGAUGGAGAUCCUGGCGAGAUUGCCAGCGAAAUCAUUGAUGAGGUUCAAGUGCGUCUCAAAGCUCUGGUCCUCCAUCAUCUCCUCUCGUUAUUUAACUAAUCUUUUCCUUAGAGCUUCAUCGCCGCUACGUUUCAUGUAUCUAACGGACAAGUACGGCCAUGCAUUGCUGCUCACAGCAGCGCCUCAGUAUGCGGCCGAGAAAUUCUGUGGACUCCACAUAGAGGUAACCGUACCGGAAGUGGGAGGCUGCCUCGUGAACGCUCUUCGCGGCUUGAUGUGUUUCAGAAUUGGAGGGAGAAGAUAUCGGAUCUGUAACGUGACCACCAAGCAGCAGGUGGAAUUGCCAUUAGUUAAAUCGAGCCUUGUUUUGGAAGAUGGUUCCAAUACGUGGAGCCACUUUGGAUACGACCCUAUUCAGGACGCAUACAAAGUGCUUAGCCUAGUUUGGGGGAUCACACAAGACAAGGUAAUGAGAUGGGAGCAUCAGGUGCUGGUGCUUGGUCCUGGAGCUUCUUGGAGGAGAAGCAACACCACCCAGAGCGUUGCUCCUCAUCGUCCUUACUCACAAGGUAUCUCUAUGGACGGCGUUUUGUAUUACGGUGCAUGGGCUGGUGAGGAGAGUACAUGUGUGCUUGUGAGUUUUGACAUGAGCUCUGAGGAUUUUAAUCUGAUUGAAUUACCCCUUGAAGCUGGCAUCACGUGGGACACUCGUGCCACCAAUCUAAUGAAGUACAGAGGAAAAAUUGCUGUUUUUGACUACACCCGUCUCUCGAGUGAAGGUAGUAUAGACCUGUGGGUUGUGGAGCAUGCCGGGAAGAGUCAAUGGUCGAACAAGACGACUCUUGUUCCACCUAUCAGAGGCAUCGCUUUACUCCCAAGGGGUGACUUGUUCAUACAGGGCACCAGUCGUGAGGGUACCAUUAGGUGCUUCGUUAAUAGGUUCUCGUCAAUGCACAUCCUUUUCGAUUUGGAGACUAGUGAGACGAUACGACAGGUUGUGUUAUCCUCCGAAUUUCGGGGCCACCCUUUAGAGCCCGAGUCUUUGCACAUGAGUUAUUGCGAUCUUUCUGAGAGCAUCAUGUAUUUGGAAGCCUGA